AUGAAGUUUGGCAGGAAAAUCAGCACUGAUCUGUACAAUGAAUGGCGCCCCUUCUAUCUGGACUACAAUGGUUUAAAGCGGGAACUUAAGGCACGAACUACUGAGCGUGCUUGGAAUGAGCAGGAUGAAACGGAAUUCAGAGCUCGGCUAGAACAAGAACUGGAUAAAAUUCACGACUUUCAGAAGGAAAAGGCCUCCGAACUUUCACGCCGAAUCCGUGACGCCGAGAAAGAUGUCAAACGUCUAGUUGAGGAUGAGAGUUCAAGCCCUGUCUAUCAUCAACGCCAUGCUACCUCUACGGAUGAAUCCACCCAACGGACGGACCCCGAGUCCCAACAGCGUGAACCUUACGAUGAAGAUGGCGGCUCGGAUGACGAUGACGAAACUGACGAGGAGCUCAGCGACGAGUCUUACGAUGCCCUAGAAAACAGGUUCCAUGGACUUGAGGAGGAAGUAGCCAACCUCGUCGCAGAUGUGCACGAUUUAGCUUUGUACACUAAGCUAAAUAUCACUGGCUUCAUGAAAAUUCUUAAGAAACAUGAUAAACAAACAUCUCGCUCCUUGAAGACGACAUUUAUUCAAGAUUAUCUGGAAAAGCGACCCUUCUAUCGAUAUAACUGGGAUGCCCUCAUCGUAAAGCUUUCUAAACUCUAUGACUUGGUGCGAACACGCGGCCAUCCUGUUCAAGGCGAUUCAAGUGCGGGUGGGACUCAGAGCGCCUUUGUCAGGCAGACAACAAAGUACUGGGUCCAUCCAGAUAAUCUAGUCCCGCUGAAAUUGGCUAUCUUGCGAAAUUUACCGGUUCUCGUCUUCAAUCCUGACAAGGAAUUUGAGCAGAAAGAUGCCGCUAUCACCUCUAUUUACUUUGACAACGAAGACCUUGAGCUUUAUCUGGGUCGUCUUGAAAAGACAGAGGGUGCAGAGGCUAUACGGUUGCGAUGGUAUGGAGACGUCACGACAAAAACUAUUUUUGUAGAGCGGAAAACGCAUCGAGAAGAUUGGACCGGCGAAAAAUCUGUCAAAGCUCGGUUUCCUAUAAAGGAGCAUUUAGUUAACGCUUUCCUCAAAGGGGAGUAUACCAUGGACGCUGAAUUCCAGCAACUGGUUAAGAAGGGAAAGAAAACGCAGCAGGAGGUUGAUGCUAUGAUUCAACUUGCCGAUGAAGUCCAGUAUGCUAUUCUAACUCGGAAACUUCAGCCUGUGAUGCGCUCCUUCUAUAACCGGACUGCAUUCCAACUCCCGGGUGACGCCCGGGUGCGGAUCUCCUUGGACACAGAACUUACCUUAGUCAGAGAAGACAACUGGGAUGGGCGGGUACGCGCUGGUGAUAACUGGCGUCGAACAGAUAUCGGCAUCGAUCAUCCCUUUGAACAGGUGCCGGAGGAUGAUAAAGAGCUUUUCAAGUAUGGAGUCCUGGAAGUAAAACUCCAAACGCAGUUAGGACAAGAGCCACCUCAAUGGGUCACAGAUCUGGUUCAAUCUCAUCUGGUGGAAGCGGUACCGAAAUUCAGUAAAUUCAUUCACGGGUGUGCCACCCUCCUGCCGAAUCGGGUGGACCUGGUCCCGUUCUGGUUACCGCAGAUGGACACUGACAUCUUGAAACCGGAUACUGGCUACCUCUCAAUCAUCGAACGACCCUCUGCUAUUUCGUCAUCGAAGGGAUCCUUUGAACAACGCGAUAGUUCACAUUCACGAACGCCACCGCAUCCCAACUACGCUGAGCCUGUCUCUGAAGGAGAAGAAGACGAGAACAUUGACCUUGCUCCUGCUAAAGAUGAAUAUAAGCGCACCGGUCUCAGCGGGGAGGAAGUCACUGCUGCCAUAGCUUACCGCGAACAAAUGUUGAAGGAAGCACGUGCAAAGGAGCUUGUAAAUGGAAAAAAGCCGAGCAAGGCCGCAUCUCCCGACGAAGAGACUCUCGAAGCCGACGACGAAGAAGAGGCAGAUGAAAGGACAGCUUUCUUGAGGGGAAGGAAAACCCAACAAUCCACCCGUAAAGCGAGAGCACUCUCAAUCGACCCUUUGGCGCCGUCUUCCGCUUUUGAUGAGACAUUGAGAACUCGUCUGAAGGGCGAAAGCCAAACUCAGGAACGAGGUCUCGAACCUGUUGACGAAGGGGAAGGUGAAGGAAGGCCUGCAACCGGUACUGAUGAUCGUUUGCUGGUCCGAGAAUGGACUGCACCUGCUGGCAAAAGAAUUUCUGUUCCUGUUCGCAUCGAGCCCAAGGUUUACUUUGCCACUGAGAGAACAUUUUUGAAAUGGCUCAAUAUGUCCGUAUUCAUUGGAACCAUAGCUACAACGCUACUCAACUUCACCUCACCGGACGAUUCCCGUGGUCUCAUCAGUGCAGCAUUGUUUACCUUCUGUGCCUUGUUGGCGAUCGCGUAUUCUGCAGGCAUCUUCCUGUAUCGAGCUCUCAGCCUGAGGCAGAGACGAGCGGAAGGGCUGUACUACGACAAAUAUGGACCGACGAUCUUAUGCUUCGUCCUGUUCUCGGCGAUGGCAUCCAACAUUGGUUUACGGGUUUCGGAAAUGUUUGGCCAAAAUUAAACUCGAGGUGAGGUCAAAGAUGUAAUACCGUCAUGUUACAGCGCGUUUGAAGGACAUUCAUGGAAAAUAUUCAACUGAAAUGAAAUCUCAAGUACUUGAUGCACGUACCAAAGGAUAUCAAUAGUAUUCUAAUCCUACAUAUAAGCGUGCUUAUUCAAAAGCUCCUUUCGGA